CUCCCGGCUGGGUAGGGCGCGCAGGCGCAGUGGAGCGGCCGCGUGGGGGGCAGAAGGCGGCGCUGGGCCAGAGAGACCGGCGAGAGAUAUUCCCGGGCGGCGAGAGCGAUGGAAUUGUCCAUUCAACCCUUAGAGCUUCUUGGAUGUAUAUUUACUAUGGAACUUUUCGCAUAUUGUGUUGAUUUUGUGGUUGUAAAGCUGGUGUGAUCCAUUGCCAAUAGCACUUAUAAUGGAAGUGGAUCUCUGAGGAUCACUACAAGGAUUUGCCAUGGCUUUCUGUGCUGGGCUCUGGGGCUCCUUCACCCAUGCAAGCCGAGCGCUCAGCCAGCGCAGUUUCAGCACCACCAGGAGCCUCAGUGCAAUUCAGAAGAUGACGCGGGUUCGUGUGGUGGACAACAGUGCCCUGGGGAAUACCCCAUACCAUCGCCCUCCUCGUUGCAUCCACGUCUAUAACAAGAACGGGGUGGGCAAGGUGGGCGACCGGAUACUGCUGGCCAUCAAGGGACAGAAGAAAAAGGCACUCAUUGUGGGGCAUCGCAUGCCCGGUCCCCGGAUGACCCCCAGGUUUGACUCCAACAAUGUGGUCCUCAUUGAGGACAAUGGGAACCCUGUGGGGACCCGAAUUAAGACACCCAUCCCCACCAGCCUACGCCAGAGGGAAGGUGAAUUUUCCAAGGUCCUGGCCAUUGCUCAGAACUUUGUGUGAGCAGGGCUCGGGCCGCUGGCUGCGGUGGGACUCAUGAGAGGGAACUCGGGGCCCCAUGGCUGGGGAACAGUGUCCUGUGAAAAAAUAAAUCUUUUCAUGUAUGUUUCCUCCUGA